AUGUGUGGGGGGAAUGUUGUGCCCAUGCACAAUUUCGAUGUCUGGAUUGUGACGACUUGCAACUGUACUGUCGCGGAUGCACUGUGGCCAAUCACUCGUGGUCUCCUACCCAUCGAAUACAGCUAUCUGCAGGAAUGGACUGGUGUUUUUUUCCAGGUCGUGUCAUUGAAGGCUCUCAGCCUUCGUAUCCAGCUUGGGCAUCCUGUUGGCCAACACUGCAUUCUCCCUAGACAGGUGUUUAACAGCAAGUUCGUGCUAAUAGACACGAAUGGCAUUCAUGAAGUCAGGUUGGAUUUCUGCGGAUGUGAAACUUCAAACUCGCAUGUCAGACAGCUUCUUCGCCAUGGAUGGUUCCCAUCAACAUCAACCGACCCGAGGACUGCAGCUACCUUUCGACUGCUGCGCCAUUUCCAACUUCUAUCAUUCGAAUCGAAGGCGUCUGCCUAUGAGUUCUACCACUCACUAGACCGUUACAAUGCGUUCUUACGAAUGGUUCGUGAGUGGCGACAUCUCAAGAUGUUGAAACACUUUGGUCGUGGACAUGAAGAGGGCGGCGUUAAUGGCACAUCACAAGCUUGUCCGCAGCCUGGUAAGAAUUUGCAUGAAGGCUGGGCACUUGCGAUGAAAGCCAACCAGUGGUUGUACACCACAUUUUUGGCAAUUGACACAAACUUUCGCUUAAAAAGACGCAAUGUAUCGAGCGACAAGGCAGAUCCCAGUUUGUCUACAGGGUGGUCAUAUUUUGUGGAGGAGGCCGACUACAAGUCCUAUCUAGGCCAACAUCUUGGAGAAGUACAGGAGAAAAGCACAUGCUCCAGUCAUAAUGCGGUGAAUAUGGCCGACACUAAACUGUCACAGGGACUGGCUGCCACUGGUGUUGGCACGAUAGACUGUGCACAUCAUAACAUGAAGCGUGCUAAUGGAGUCGGUGAUCUACAGAAGGGUGAGAAGUAUAUCAACAUGGAUUACCUUUUCUUCUCCAGCUUGCGCGACAAUUCAGUCAAAAUGUUAAACGUGUCCUAUGACAUCGCGUAUUAUCUUUCAAAGGUCAUCCACUUCUUUGUGCCAAAGUUUCACCUUCCCGCGCAUGUCGCAAAGUGCCAGACUAUAUUCUCAUUCAACUUCACUCGUUUUGUUGGCCGCACGGACGGCAAAGCCCCAGAAAGAGGAUGGUCAAAUAUUAAUCCUGUGGCUGCAAGUACAAAGAACAUGGGCCCAGGGUGUCGGCGAGACAUGCUGGACGACCAUUUCAGCGACUGGAACUGGAAGAAGGUGGUAGGGUUGGGCGCAUCUCUCCUCCACAAGAUGAAAUACGCUCGUGUUGAAAGGGCUGAACACCAAGCAGCUUUCGAGGAGUUUGAUACCAUGAUUACCCCCAAACAUCGUGCAACAUGGCUAAAUGAAAUUGAGGCCUGGGAAGAGAAUCCUAACAACUUGACACUGGCCAAUCCGUUCAAAACCAAAUCUAUUGCAAUCACACAGGUGGGCACACGGCGAAAACUAGCCGAGCUGGAAGCUGACGAGCUACAGCGUGGGGUAGAUGUCUCCCUGCACCCAGAAAUAUUACCUAGCAUACUCAUUGCAUCUGGCCUAGAUCUCGAAGAUGAACAUUCUCUGAUUGACUCCACAGGCCCUCAUGCCACUGAUAUACAGUGGGGCAGCCUCAUUCGGAAGCGCAACUCUCUCCGGCAUAAAAUUGAGACCUGGAGUGGUGUCCAGGUACAGAGUCUUAUUCAAAGAGGGCGUGAAGACCACAAGAAUGCCGAAGAUCUUACAUUGUGGCUACCUUCACAGCUAUGGAACAAACCUUGCGAUCAGCACCUCCAGAAUGACGAGUGGGAACUACAGUCAGCUUGGACGGCGUUAAAGUCUCUGUCCAUGCUAUUGAAGAAGAAGGACUGGCAUGGAAAGUUGCAGGAGCUAGUGGAUGACCAUAUCAAGCUGCUCAUGGAUCCUUUCGGUGUCAGACAAGGACAACGUCAGGUUUCGUGGAUCUGGAUGAUGGAGGGCAUCAAUUGUAAUGGCGAUGAGAGUACUGAUGACAGUGUGCACAUUGAAUGGUGCAAGAGCCAUGCAAGAGCCCUACGUUGGACAGAAGAGAUAGAAUUGUUGAUGGAGGAAAUGGGGAGAGUCGUCCAUUUUUUCAACUGGGAGGUACAGCGGUGGGAAGAAUGGAGAAGUCACUGUGUGGGGGGGAGCUCAGCUGAUACUGAAGGUUUACAGGCAUAUGCAGCACGACAGGCUGAUAUCCGUCAGAGGCUCGCCAAUCAUUUUGGUCGUCUUUGGGCGCCUUACCUGCCCCAGAUGCUGGACCUAUCUCUGUUUAUCAUAUCCCCUGAGCGCGAGCUGCAAUUACCUGACUUGACGAUCCCUGAUGUCCCCCUUGAUGGGUACUGA